ACAGUUGAUCUUACUUUAUAACUUUUAGAGAGAAAAUGUUAUAUAGCGACUGCAGACAGGUCAUGCGAGUCAUUUUGCGAAAGAACUUACCAUUGUUCACAUUCAUAGUGGAGUUGUGGAGCUUAGAGGAGUUGUUCGAAGAGUUUCGUGUUAGUUUUUUUUUGUUUGUUAAGUUUAAGAAAAGUACAAGAUCUAACACUUAAAAGAAGUGGCCAUUGUGCAUGGUGUCCACAGUUUAAGUUCUUCGUCUUUUUCUCCCUUUUUUUUCAAUCUUCAUUAUUUUCCUAAGAGACAGAGAAAGAAAAAUUAAUAUAAUCCUAAGGAGCACGUUUGGUAAUAAAUUGAGUUUCAUUGUGAUUGUUGAAUAACAAAGGAGAGAAAAGAGCACAACUUUCUUUGGAUUAAAAUUCAAUUAAGGAAUCACAAUGCGAUUAAGGAAUUUGGGUAUUUUGUUGUUCACUUUGCUGGCAAUUUGUGAGGCACGACGAGUUCGGGUACAAUCGAGACCACAACAGGAGGAAAGGGAAAAUAGAGCUGUUGUUGUUGAACAAGAAGAUGACAAUAAGGCUCAACCUGCCAUCCAGUACUACAGUGCAGCUGAACCACAGGACAACCAAGGAAGGGUGAUCCUUGUGGCUUCUGAUGAUGACUACAAUGGUCCCUAUGGCCAGCCAACCCUGAGACAAAGGGCCGACUACAACCGACCAAGUCCAACCACAAGGAGUCAAACCCCAGCUCCGAUCCCUCGGUCUAAAGACCAUGCCACAAAACCCCCACCAGUUCAAACCAUCCGGAACUACAGCAAAGUGAACGACGAUGGUUCUUUCACAUUCGGCUACGAAGCUGCUGAUGGGUCUUUCAAGGAAGAGACCCGAGGAACUGAUUGUGUUGUCCGUGGGAAGUAUGGGUAUGUUGAUCCUGAUGGCAACAAGAGAGAAUUUACCUACGUCUCAGGCAACCCCUGUGACCCAAACAAUCCCGAGAGCGAAGAAGAAGAACAGGAAAGAUCUGAGGAGGAUUCCGAUGAAAACAUUCCUCAGAACUACCCCCGAAGACCAGUUCCUCGUCCUGUUCGUCCAUUGCACACAACUCCUCGACCCACCACAACGGUCUUCCAGAAUAAUUAUGCCCAUUCUUCCCUGCCCCAGCAGCAAGAUGAUGUGAGUGAGGAAUCCGAAGAGCAAGAACCCAUCCAAUACAUCCAGCCCCAAAGACCAACAGUCACUCAACGUCCUAUCAUUAGGACGCAACCACAAGAAGUGACAAUCCGCGAGAGACCGCGUGUUACCUUCAGCACAACACCAACUCCAGCUGCAGUCCAAUACACGCCUUCCCAUCCCGUUAGCAUUACCCCAAGACCAACCUACCGAGCUCCAACUCAAACCCUCCAGACUCAACCACCAGCCACUACCUACAGACCCGCACUGAGUACAACACAGAAAUCCAGCACGCAAAACUACCCAUCCUCCACUCAAGAGGUUUCAGUGUUGCCAACCAAACCAACUUCGGGUCGCCGACCGAUCGAUUUUGCGGCUGAAUUCCAAAAGUUCCAAGACGAAACGAACGCCCUAACACCCUCACCUGCAGCCCCUUCAGUUGGCAAACCUUUCAAACCAGCUGCUGCUCUACCAACUGGCAAUCCCAUCUACCAUUCACAGUUGAUCUUUGAUCCUUCCACUGGUCAAUACGACGCCAACCUGUAUCAGCAGUUGCCACAGUCGGAGGGUGACUUUGCCCUAAGUCAUCGUAUUCAACCAUACGUUCACUUGCACCCUCAACCGACGCUAGUCACACUGGAACAGCUCCAGAACCAGAGUCCGCUCUAUCGCCAACCUAUUCCACAACAGCCCCUACCACAGCAGUCACAGCUGCGACCAACUCCAAUUCCCAUGCCACAAUUCUCUCAGCAGGUUUAUCAAAAGUCCCAGGAGAACCUUCAAGUGCUGAAUUCUCAGCAGCUCUUUGCGCAGCAACAGGAACUCGCGCAACAGCAACUGCAGCAGGAUCGUCUGCAGGCUGCUAAGAAACCACAACAACCUGCCCCAGCACAUCGGUUCCAGGUACAGGCACAGCCCCAGAGGCCGCAGGCUCCACCACAAUUCUACUACAUCCAGCCAGCACCUGGAGGAUCACUGGGUCAGAUUGAUGCUUUCCUGCGAGGGCAGAAUCUUGACUAUUAGACAGUAUACAAGUUGAUGAGUGUUGCCAGAUGAGAAAUGAGUGAGACAGCUAUAUUUUUCAGAGAAGUUAUAAUUUGGUUUUUUGAAUUUUGAGAUCAAUUCUGAUUUUGAAAGCAAAACAUUUUAAAUAAAUUAUUUGACUGGUAAGGAUGACUUGCAUUUUAAAUUUGUGGAAACUUAUGAAAUUGUUUAUAACUACUUAUAACUUUGUUGAGAUAUAUGGUUGUCUCUCUCAUUGAUGACUGUUGGCAGCACUGAUUGUCCGUACAACCAUGAUUUUAGUUCUAACAACCAGAACUUGAAACAUACUGAAAAUAUAGGCUUUUGAAAUUUUCACCAUGGCUUUUGAAGCAAUCAUUAUCAACUGCCUUAGGCAUUAAAGACUCCACUGGGAGCAGAAUAUUCAAUUAAAGAUAAUAUAUAAUUUUUUAAAAUAAAAAGGCCCUUCCAUGUCUAAAUGAUGAGAUUUAAGAAAAAAAAAACGGAAAAAAUUCCCUAUCCAUUAUUACAUUCGAAUAUCAUGAUUUUUCGUUUGCAUGUGAAUUACGACCUCGAUCAAUCACGCAUACCUUUGUAAUGAUUUGCCAUAGAAUUAGCGGCAAAUAUUGUUUUUUUUUUAGUCAUUUAUACCUUAGAUAUAUAUGAAUUUACUUGUACGCAAAUUGUUAAUUAUUAUUAUUUACAAAUCUUCAAUAAUAUCUUUCAUUUUUUUUGCCAACACCUACAAACACUUUGUAAUUUUCUUCUGCAUCAUUUUGUAAAGUCUAUUUUAAGUAGUAGGAAGUUAACAAAGUGAAAGUAAAAUGCGAUAGUAUUUCAGAUGCAAUACACGAUAUUUUUCUCAUAACUUCGCGCUAUAAUUAUCACAUUCCGGUUCUCUUAAGCAUUCCCGGUGAAUUCUUCAGGUGACAAAGCAGUGCGAUUAGUUUCAAAGUCAAUUGAUAGAAGACAAAAAAAAUCCAGUCCUAACAGUUGGUGUAAAGUAAUCUAUUCCGAUACAAUUAACACCAAGAGGAGACUUUGUAUUGUAUAGCCUAUGUCUCACGUAGUUUUAUGCAUAUGUAAACAAUUCUCUUAGCAUUUAUAGUGUAAUUGGGUAUUAAGUAAUAAACGCAAUUACACUUUAAAGAUCGCCAAUGGUUAUUCCGUGCCAGCUGGAAUAUGUACAUAAUGAAAGUUAAAGAAAAAAAAACUGAAGUAUAGAGUUGUAUCGAGAGUCAAGAAUGCCCGGAUCACUUCAUCAAAAGAAAAACUCGCUCGAACGUGCAAAAGAAACCAGGCUAUUGCAUCAUUUACACACCUUGUCUGCGAUUUCGGAUAUUGAAGCUUUUAGCCAGAUAGGAAUUCAACAUAUACAUAAAAUGUAUCCAAUGAAAUAUGACUGGAGUGAAGUUGAUUUAACCCAAAUAAUUAUGAUUCAGAUGUUUAUAUCGAAAAAAAAUCCUAUAUACAAUUUUUUUUAAUUUAUGAAUGUGUUACUUUAUUGAAGAAAAAAGCAAGAGUGACACUUGAGAGAUGAUUUAUUCUUGCAUCACUUUUAGUUAACCUAUUGAUUCGAUACAAAAUAUUAUAUAGUGGUAAUUAAUUUUCCCAUCACGUCUGAAUACCUUGCUUUCACAAUGAAAUACCUUUGAGGAGCUCUAAAAUUGAAUUAGACGUGAAUAGCUACUACAUACAGAAGCUUCCAGGAACUUCUGAUUUGAUCAAAAGUACUGCUUCUUGCUAAGUACAUUAAUAUUGGAUAAAAUCUUUUACGAUUUUUCAAUGCUAAUCACUGAGAGAAAAAUAAAAUUUAGUACGAAUGAAGGUUUUGUUAUCAGUUUUAGGUAGGAUGGGGCAGUUUUACGAAGCUGAAGUUUUUUUAGGACUUAUUUGCUAAACCAAUAUGAACCAUAUUGAAACUAACUAUUUUCCGAUUCUUUCUCUUUAAUUUUAACUACCUGAAAAUCUUUAUUUUCGAAAGUAAUACAUGUAUGAGACUACCCCACCUUCUCCUAUAUAAAAUUGAAGAACCGAAAUAUUAGAAUCUUCAAAUGACAUUUUUAUACAAUUUUUUGAAGAAGUUUAAGCUACAAAACACCGGCACCAUUUAGUGUUCAGCCUUUAAUGCAAUUUUGAAUAAAUUGGUAGGGGAGAGUGGGGUAGUUCAUUGAUUUCGAAUAUGCAAAUACAGUAGACUCUCUCUCAAUUGGGCAUUUGGGGCAAAAUGUCAUCCGGUUUAGCGAUAGAAUUGAGCGUCAAAGCCUUUGUAAAUUCCACAAAAAGCGCUCAAUUAUAAAGAAUCACGAUAAAAUAGGAAGAACUACAGCGAAUUUGAGCAAAUUAGCUUCAUAAUUAAACGUGAAAAUUGUCAACAAAAUUUUUCGCCCGAUUAAGAAAGAGCCGAUUGAGCGAGAGUCUACUGUAAAACCAAACGGAAUAAAUUUCGAAUAUAUACAGAAAUGAACCGGAAACAGUUACUUUGAAUAUCUAGGGAAGUGGGGCACCUUUGAAUUGGGGUACCUUUGAAAUUGUAAUUUUUUCUCACAUUUUGAAAUGCAACUGGAGUUUAUAAUGAUAUAAUUUAGCUAAAUUACAUUAUUAUAAGUCUGAAUUUCUUUUAAAAAUAUCAGAAAAAGCCCAAUAUUAAAGGUACCCCAAUUCAAAUGUGCCCUAUUUUCCCCUGAUUUUUCUUCCUUUAGCAGAUAGAUUUUAAAUAACAGUUCAUCUGUAUGAAAUUACCCCAUCGUCUUCUUUUUUUUUUUUGAAGAUUUUAACUUUUGAGAACUGUAAAAUCAAUGUAUCUCAGUACUAAUUUAUUUAAGAGGCUUUAAAAUGGGACAGAGAAACUUAUCAUUAGCACUACUCUAAAAAAUGUACUUAGGGGGAAGUGGGGCACCUUUGAAAUUGUGAAUUUUCUCCUUUAUUUAAGUGGAAUUAAGCCAUGCCAUAACGUAAUUUAGCUUCUCAAUCUGUGUGUGCAGCUAAAUUAUAUCACGAUAAGGCUCAAUUUCAUUUGAAAAUAGGUGAAAAAUCGCAAUUUCAAUGGUGCCCCACUUCCAAAUGUGCCCCACUUCCCCCUAAGCACAGUUUUUUAAUUGAUUUCUUUUCUGCGAAAAAUUAUUAUGGCCUAGAAUCAAGUUUGAGAAAACAAUAUUCAAAAAGUUUUGCAAUCAAUAAUUGAAUUUAAAAUGAAUUAUUACAUGAGAAAACCGUUAAAUAAUGAUAUUUUACUGUUCCUUAAAUUUCCAGAAAGUUCCUUCGUGUCGUGUAGAUGGCGUGUCAUGCUGCUGUUAAAAUUUCCAAAGCAAUUACUAUCGGCGAAAGCAGAUUCCCUUCCGAAUUAAGGAACUCAUAAUUCUGAUAUUAUAUCUUUCUUUAAUUUUGGAAAUUAGGAUGGUGUGUUAAUUUAUUCUUGGGAAAUUGAUUAAAAAUUAAAAAAAAAUAAUUUUGAGAGAAAAAUUAGGGGGAAGUGGGGCACCUUUGAAAUUGGGAUUUUUUACCUACUUUUAAAUAAAAUUGAGCCUUAUCGUGAUGCGUAAUUUAGAUUCUCAAUCUAUUUGUGCAGCUAAAUAGUAUCACAAUAAGGCUCAAUUUUAUUUAAAAAUAGGUGAAAAAUCUCAAUUUCAAAGCUGCCCCAGUUUUAAAGGUGCCCCACUUCCCUCUAUUAAAAUCACAUCAUUUAAAAGAAUGAUUUUUCAGUUAAUAAAUGGCGUUAAUUUUCGUUAGAAAUUCCAAUGUUUUCUAUUUAUCUUAACUUGAAAAUGUUUCAAAAAAAUUUUAUAAUUUGGAAAAUAUAAUAAUAUCAAAAGAACUGUUGCGAAAAAAAAAUUACAAAUAUUCAAGAAAUUGAAUUUUCUAAAUUAGUUAAUCAUUUAGAAAAUUUUGAUAAAUUUACACAUAUUCAACGGAUGUCUUGUUACUAAAUUGGGCAGAAUUCGGAAAAAAUACUCUGUAAAAUAUCAAUUCAUUUUGUUUUAUUAAAAUCAUGUAUUCAAAAUAUUUUGAAACUGUCGCGUUGUGUGAUUGACUAAAACUUAAAGGUAUUCAAAGCUUUAGUCAAUUUGAUAAUGCGAUAAAAUUAAAAUAAUAAAUAAGAUUUAGUUUUCAAUUCCUCAUACACUAAUGCUCAAAGAAAUGAAACUUGUAAAAAAAAACUAAUUUUUUAAGCUUAGAAAAUACCAAAAUCUAUAUAAAAAAUAAUUUUCAACGUUUUAUUUUCUCUCAGUGUAUAGCAUAGAAGAAUAAAUCAAUGUUUUCUGAACGGAGUAGUACAAUUAACAAAUAAAUCAAUGGGCAUCGAUAAAGAUCAUCAAAACCGGAUUUUAUUGUUGCAUGAACUUUACCAUUCAAGUUACCACUUUUGUCACUUCUUCAAAUUUUGUAGAAUAACCACAUUGUAUACUUUAUACCUAAUAAAUUAAGAUCUGUAUUUCCUUGACUACCUAAAUUAGUGUUGUAAUAAUUUUUUAUAUGGAGAAUAGUUAUCAAUAAUUGUCUUACUUAAAAGGAGUCUUGCUCUCUGUUUACUUAGGAUUAAAGCAUAACAUGUAAAUUGUAAUUAAUUUAAAUUUUUACAUUAAUCGCCAAUUUUUUUCCCACUCUACGAUAUUAUAAUCAAGCGCGAUGAAAUACUCUAUUCCAAAUACGAUUAAUAGUAAGAAAUAAAAGUGUAAUAAAUUGUAUAUAAAAGUGA